CUAAACCAACUCUAAGAAUUUGUAAUAAAAUUGGUUGGGCUACCACGGGCCACCCUUUACCUCUUUCUUCGGGAACCUGGGCCUGGCCCAUAUUAUAGUAGGGUCAGAAUCUUCUUUCACAGACCCGGGUCGGCGGGUACCCGGCCUGCAUUCUUCUGCGCCGUCUGCAGACUGCAAUUCAGAGAUAUUUCUCGCCGAUUCAAAUAAUGGCACUAACUAUCCAUCCACACCAAAAAAGUUCUUCCCUCUGUCGGCUUCUUCCCCCUUCUCCGUUUCUGAAUUUAAUUCUCCCUCCUCCUUCUUCCUUCGCCAAUGGCAGCCUCCUUCACCGUGUCGCCGCUCUCUGCUCUUAGUCUCACCGCUUCAUUCUCUUCACCGUCGUCGACGCUAUUAUAUAUGAGUCCUCUGAAGCUUCCUCGCCGCAGCUCAAUCCGGGGGAUGGCGGCGCAUUGCUCUUCGGAGACGGGUCCGUCUUCCGCGAGGCAACCUCAUUUGUCACCGACGCUUUCAUCGCCCAUGAAUGAAAAUGGCACGUCCAGACCUUGCAAGUGGCGGAGGGUGUUGCUUAAAGUGAGCGGGGAAGCACUUGCAGGAGAUAAUGAGCAGAACAUCGAUCCCAAGGUUACGAUGGCCAUUGCAAGGGAGGUUGCAGCUGUAACACGCCUUGGCAUUGAGGUUGCCAUUGUCGUUGGUGGGGGGAAUAUUUUUCGUGGAUCUACUUGGGCUGGAUGCAGUGGCCUUGAUCGUUCUUCUGCGGAUUAUAUUGGAAUGAUGGCAACUGUCAUGAAUGCUAUAUUUCUUCAAGCAACUAUGGAGAGUAUCGGCAUCCCAACAAGGGUACAGACUGCAUUUCGUAUGUCAGAGGUUGCUGAACCAUAUAUACGCCGCAGAGCAGUGCGCCAUCUUGAGAAAGGAAGGGUCGUUAUUUUUGCAGCUGGAACUGGAAAUCCGUUCUUUACAACCGACACUGCCGCUGCAUUGCGCUGUGCUGAAAUAAAUGCAGAGGUCGUACUGAAAGCUACAAAUGUUGACGGAGUAUUUGAUGAUGAUCCCAAGCGUAACCCCAACGCCCGCCUUCACGAAACCCUGACUUACCAGGAGGUGAUGUCGAAAGAUCUAUCGGUCAUGGACAUGACGGCCAUCACUUUGUGCCAAGAGAAUAACAUUCCCGUUGUGGUGUUCAAUCUUUCGAAACCGGGCAACAUCAGCAAGGCAAUCAAAGGGGAAAGCGUCGGGACACUGAUCGGAACAGGCGAGAAUCCGGCGGUGGCAGGGGCAGAAGGAUGAUGAUGUUAGAUAAUACGCAAUCCUGUUCCAGUUAUUUUGGCGGCUUUUCCGUUUUCAGGGACAGUUGGAGAUUAAUUAGUAAGGUGCCCUCUGUAAAUACAUAUAGUUAGUGGUUAUUGAAACUCGUUGGUGUGGGGUUUUGGAGGAAACCCAUUGGUAGAAAAUUCAGGUAUGAGAUGAGUGGUGGACUAAUGCGUGUAAUUUUUCAUUUUAAUAGUUAUUUUAGCGUCUGAGGUUGGAAUUCUGGGUUUGAUGAUUGGUGCUUUCAAGUUUCAUCUAGUCCAAUUGUUAACUCUUGUUCUUGGGGGCAUGGUUUAGUAGAGAGAGUAAGGUGACUUAAGUUUUUUUUUUUUACAAAACUUAUGAUUUUUAUUUGAUCCGGUGUGGACCAAAUUGUUACUCGUAAUUGGCAUGUGAACGCAAUGUAUUUCAUGCUAUCAAAUUAUCAUUUUUGGAAUAUGAAUGAUUAUGAUUUAGACAACUUACUAAUACCAUGUACUUUCAUUGUGUUUUUGGGAUUUCAUACACUAUCAUGUUUAUACAUUUUUGGAAAUCUUCAUGAUUGUUUUCCUUUAUAUGCUAGCAUGGAAUGUGAAUAAUCAUGGUUUACUCAAAUUACCAAAUAAUGCAUUCAAACGUGC